AUGGCGCCAUCCAGAAAACGAAAAGCUGUGGAAUCAUCGAGCACUGCUGCAGAAGUGAGUUUUCAUUCAAAAGUUUCGAUUUACUUAAACAAUACAUUUUUUCUAUAGAAACCAACCGAAUGGAAAUCGCUUCCAGAAACUGUUCGAAAAAACAUUGUCGAUUUGAUGGAUGCAAAAACUCGCUGUUUAUUCUCAACUUGCUCGAAAUCAAGCACAACUGAAGCUUUGCAAUCGAAAAAUUAUGUUUAUGGAAUUGAAGUCAAUAAUAAAUAUGAAAAUGUUAUUGGAAUUCGUGUUUUUCAUGAAGAAGAUAAGAUUUCAUAUAUGAUUUGGUUCAGAAAAAUUAGAGAAAAUAACACGGAAAUCAUGUAUUUGUAAGUUUUAGAUUAGGUUUUCUAAAAAAAAACCGAAAAAAUCUCGGGCAGAGAUUCGCUGGAUUCGCGACAUGUUGGCGCAGAUCUGCGGCCAUUUUCAGCGAAUCUGCGACAACGUGUCGCAACGAGUGAGCUAAUUUUGCGACCGCGGUCGUGAAUCUGCUAAUGAGUUGCGACCGUUUUCUCAAAUUUCGAGUUUUCGAGAGAGUGUGUCGCAGGUUUUGAAAUUGUUAGCGACACUUUUAAGCAGAUCUGCGCCAACGACUGCGACCAAAAAGUGUCGCACAUUCGCUCAAAACGGUCGCACUUCUGCGCCAACGAAAAAUCGAGUCGCAAAUUAGCGCCAAGGUUGCGAAUGUUUUCCCGAGAUGUUUUUUCCAGUGUUAAAACCGACGGAGAAGAAGAAGAUGAAAGCGAUUCAGAUGACGAAGAAGAUGAUGAUGAAUUAGAAGAUCAAGACAAAGAUCUAGGCCUGGUUUGGGUAAAACAAGAAGCAGGAAAUUAUCAAAAGGUUGCGAUCAAGUAUUUGAAAGAUUUGUUGGACAAAUUCAGACCAAGUCUCAAAUCUUUCCAAAAUCAAUGUUAUGGAAGAAUUCCCAUUUUUCGGCGAGUUCAAUUUGCUGAACACGAAGAACUUGGAAAAGGUUUCGAUUUUAUGCGAUGAACAAGGAGAUGAUUUAUUAUGGCAUGAAUGUGUCACAGUAGAUAUGGUUAGAUUUUCAUUUGAAAGGCUAUUCAAUAAAAAAUCAAUAUUUUUUCUGCAGCUCUCAAAAAUCCCGAAACUCAUCGAACUUCAUGAUGCAAAGCUACGUUUUCAUGAACUUCUAAAAUUGAAAGCUGACAAAAUUGCACUUUAUCCUUCUGAAUUUUCAACCGAAGAUAUCAAUCAAUAUUUGAAGAAAUGGGUAAACGGAGAGAUUCAUGAGAAUUUGAGAAAAUUGCAUUUGAAAAUUCAUCAUUUUGUUUUGGAUAAUAAGAAAUUGGUGGAUGGUUUGAAGGUUUAUAAUUUUCAUGAAUAUCCAUAUGUUAUGUGAGUUUUUAGAGCAGAAGCAUCUGAAAUCCUUCAUUUUGUUUCCAGGAUGAAAUUUGCACUGCGAAGCCCAGCUCGGCCUGGAAAAAUCGCCAAAAUCCACAACACCCAACACAAUUUCUUCAUUCAUAUUUGCGAUGAUAUAAAUCCACCAGCAGUCGAAGAUUAUGGAACUGUUCCUGAUGUUUUUGAUGAGGAUUCAGUUGAUCAUAUUGCAAGAGUUCUGAAUAAUGCUAGAGGAGAUCAAGGAGAUUCAGAUGAGGAUGAAGAUGAAGAAGAUUUUGAAGAAGAAGAUGGACAUUGCAAAUUGUUGGAAUAUUUUGAAGAUUCUGAUGAGGAAUUCGAUCGAUUUGGGGUUAGCUAUGUUUGA